AUGCUAUAAUUUAGAGGAUUCAUUAUUUUCGAUUUAAAGAGAUCAGUAUUUUUCUUUGAAAUGCGAAGAGACAUUGAAUUGGACUCUGAGUGGUUUAAUUUGCAGAAAGAAAUUCGAAAAAAAUUAAUUGAUUAAGAUGUUUUGGAGGAUAAAGUUUUAGAGAUGUCCUCUGCGUAUGGGAAAGUAAGAGGGAAAUUUGAUGACUUUUAAAAAAGGUUUUUGAUUCUGAUAGCCUCAAAUUAAGUUGAGAAUAUUUAUUUAGCUGAACUAUUAAAUGAAAUUUUCGCCAUUUUAAUCAUCCAAGAACAUUAUAAUAAGUUCUUCAAAGAAGAGUUAGAAUCAUAAGCCUUUUUUGAUGUUGAAAAGAAAAUUUCAGAAAAAGAAUAUUAUUUAAACUAAACCUGCUAUUCAAAGCAUGCUGUCCCCAGUCUAUUCUAAUAAAUUUAAUUAUAUAAAGAACUUUCAAGUUCGAAUGAUUUAGAUCAAUUAUUGGAUGAAAAGCAAUACUAAGACUCCUAGUCCUAAAAGUAAAUAAUUUUCAAAGGAUUCACAAUUUUUGAUACAAAUCGAUAAUGCUUUUAUAUGUUAAUUAAGAGAGGAUUCGCAAAUGACAAUUAGUGGAGGAUGUAAAGAAUGCAAAUAUAACAAUUUCUACUGCAGAGAUCAAAGACACCAUUGUAACACUUCUUUUGGAAUUCUGAAAUGGGCUAAUUCUUAUUUGAGUAUGACAUUUAGGCAAGUAAAUAAAUAAAUUAUGUAGAAAAUUAUUUUAUACUGAUUACAAAUUCAACUGCAGCCUAACAUCCACAAUAACUGUUGCUUCAGAAAUUAAAAACCCUAGUUUAAAGAAUACCAAAUUAUUAAAAAUUAAAUAAACCAGAAUUAGAAAAUAAUUUAAAACAGCAAUUAAUUGGGGUAAUGGAAGCUGAAGAAAGAAUUUAUUAUCAAGCAUACUAUCCUAAUUGCAUUGAAAAAGAGAAGAAAAUAAAUAGAAAAAUAAUAAAACAAAGAGGACUCACUGAAAUUUCAUUUAAAAACGACGGAGUGAUGGGCGGUGAUGAAUUCUCUUUAACAGAUUACCUAAGUUAGAGAGAUAAAUUUGUCACUGAUCUUUUUUGA